GCGACAUUCUUCGAGCGGGGCACCGGAGGAGCUGUCUUAUAAUCUGUAUCCAUACUUGAUCCCAAUGUCUUUUGUGCUCGACUGGCCAGAACGAAUGGCCUAUGCACAUAUCUAAUGCUUGAUCGUGCUGCUAUGAUCCUCUGCUCAGACUGGUGUCUCCAGUGUCGAUCUCUUCUUGCUACUGCCCCGGUCCAUUUGCUAUAAUUACCUGACUCCUGCUGCCUUCCAUAGCUCCACUCCAUUGGUAGCAAUUAACAUCCGGGUGGCUUUUCCUCUACAACGAUACACGACUUCUCAGUGCCUUCAAUGGACUCCAGCUCGAUGAGUUCGAAUGGCGGUGGCGCAGCCAAAGUGUCGGUAACCCGAUAGCCUGGCGUCACAGCUCGCCACCUUGGGCGACAUUUCGAACCGGCUUCCACCACCUCUAUACCGUGCACGCCCGCUCUCUAUCUCGCCGAGAACUCCACCUGACACACGAUCCAUAAUAUUGAGCUGGUUCUCAACUUAGACCGCGACUCGCAACGACUUACGACGUUAGACCCAUCUCAAUCUCAGGUUCACUCACGUAAUAUCCGUCCACGCAGACCACUAUACCACACCCCGUCGUACCACACGUCCUCGUAUCCAGACCCGCCCGCCAACAACGAUACCUCACUUAUCAUCCACUCGUUUUCUCCAACUCUCCAUUACCUCAACAUGCUCGACACCCACAGCCCCGAGCGUAAACCCAUUAUCAGCCGAAUCACUCAACCCGCCGAUUCCGGCGCACUCACUCUCCAACACCAACAAUCCCUCUCCGAGCUCAACUAUCUCCGCUCCCAAAUCCAACGUACCGAACACGCCAACGCUCUGCGUCUAGAGCUCAUCGAAAGCCAGCACCAACGUUCCAUUGAGGAACUCGAGCGAAACCAUUCUCUCGAGAUCACGUUGCUCAAACAAAUCCGUAACACGCAGGCCCUCCAGUCUCACGCUCCCGGCGACUCGAAGCAUACGACAGACGAGUUGGUUCAGAAGCAUCGUGCUGAGGUCGAGAGCUUGAAGCGAGAGUUUGAGAAACGUCUCGUUGAGCGGAACGUGAAUUCCGGGAAGGAGAUUGGGCGGCAGCAUCGUGCUGAGAUAGAGACGAUCCAACGGCAGUGCGAUGUGCGAGUGAAGGAAAGUGUCCAACGUGCGACGAAAGUAGCAGCGAAGAAAGAGACAGAGCUUCUGAAGAGCGCGGAGGAGAGACAGGAGAAACAGGUGGCGGAGUUGGAGGGGAGGUUGAGGAUGCGGGAGUUGGAUUUCGACCUUGUUCUUAAGGAGAAGCAGGAAUUGGAGGAGAGGUUGAGGAAGAGGAAUUUGAGUGAUUAUUUGGCCUGUCAAGAGAGACAGGAGCUGAUGAAGAAGAUGGAGACGUCGAUUGAGGUGGCAAGGGCCAAGGAAGAGCGGUUGGAGAAGACCCUCAUGAUGAAGGUCCUCGAUCUGGAUCUUGUCAUGCUGGAGAGAGAUGGGUUGGCGAAAAAGUUGGCGGCGGCAAGGAUGCGCGAAAAGGAGAUGGUGAAAAUGAGGAGAUGCAUAGCGACUAUCAAGGGAGAGAACCGGACCCUGUGGAAGGACGUCAAAGUUUUGGAAGUUCUGAGGGGCAUCUCGCAACAUGACAUCAAACUUGCAACUAACGCGGUCUAUAACUGUGCCAACUCCCAGGCCGAUGCUUCUGACUCUUCUAUGACUGAUGCCUUGGACUACUCUAACUCGGAAUCGUCGUUCAGUGCUUUCUCCGGUGCUAGUGGUGAAGUCACUCCUGACACCUCAAUGUCUACGCACAAACGUACACGUUCCGACAGCGAAGAUUCCAUAAUGUCAUCUCGGUCAUCAUCGUUGCUGAAGCGCAUCAAGUUGGACCAGCAUCACAACUCACCCCUACGUAUUAAUCCAUCCGAACCCAGGCCGACCCCUCAAGAGAAGCCUGCCCCAACGACAGCGUCUCCUACCUCUUCUCCUUGUAGCUCAGGAGCUCUUGAGCGUCUCGACAGGUUGAGUACGAACCUGGUCUUAGACGCAUGCGACCGUGCCACUUCUACGCCGAUUAUUCUGCAUGCCGUUACUCCUUAUUUCCAAGGCGGCUGUGGUCUGAUAAUCACGCGACCUGGCGUGUUUGCGAACACGCCUAUCCAUCAGGAAAUGCGGAAGGCGGUCGAAGCUGACCAGUACAAAUUCGUGAUCAGCUUCUCAAAGGCCACCCAAGAGCCCUCGCCUCCAUCUUCCAACACCUCCGCUACUGAUUGCCCUACAUUUCCCCUCUCCCCGUACGGAUCGGGCGCCCUUCAGCACCACAUCCUCAAUUUCUGCGAUACUCUCGCUGCUACUCAGGACGCGACACCGUCGUUCCUACAUCGGCUGGUCAACAGCUCGUUCGCUCAAUCGUCGGUUUCGGAUGGCUUCAAAGAUAUGUUCCCGAUCAUGAUUUAUCGUGACCACCAUACCGGCACUGUUGUCUCUCGCUUCUUCACGUUCUCGGCAACCGACAACAGUAUUACGGGCACCGAUAAUUCGGCACCAACACAAGAUGGACCGACGGAGAGGAUAUGCUCAGAGUCGGGGACGGGAGUGCUGACAGUCGAUGGCGAAGAUCUGCAAACAGCAAGCGACUCGGGGAGUGAUAUGGAUUCGAGGAAAGUUGGGUUGAAGUCGGAGGAUCCUCUCCUUUCGGGUGUUCUGGCAACGCCCCUCGUGCCACUAUACGAGUCGGAGAGUAGUGGGAGCGAAGGAAGCGUUGUCGCUGUCGGCAUUAUGGAGACAUUGAGGCAGAUUCGGCAUAAGCACUGA